AUGCCGGGACAUGUCAACGAACCGUUGCAUGAUUCCCUCGACGAAAAACUAAUUCUCUGCAUACUCGAAAGUGCAAUUCAAAUGAAUUGUGAUUCUGUAUCAUUCGAUUUCGUCUCAGAGAUAAAAGCUAUUCUUCAGAAGAAUGUGAAAAGUGAUAACAGCGAGUGUGAAUAUACAAAGAACAAUAUUGAUUGGAAAGACAAUGAAACGAAUAACCGUGAUGUUGAUAAUAAUGACUCUAGUCAAGUUGCUGUAGGGUUAGGGAGAUGCAGUAGAGGCAGACUCCUUCCAACUGUUUCACCAUCCAAGACACAAGAGUCAUUCCUACCAACCUUCAGCUUAUCACCAUCACCGUAUACAUUACAGCCGUUACCGCUACAAUAUGCUGCUUGUCGUCCGGCACCCAUAAAGCUAGCUAUCACCAAUAUACCAUGUACAAUUAUUAAUCGUUUGUCUAUAAUACAAUUUUAUGACCUCUGUGCAAUCCUUCAGAGUGCUAUCGCCGAACCAUCGCUUCCGCCAUCUUUCAUUUCCUCGGACAUCAUUUCGAAUAAUUCAACUCAAUACUACGUGUCUUGCUACGAAUCUUUGGUCAGUUCUCCCAAAACGCCAAAUGCGAUUCUCUCAGCUUAUAAACUCGGUGAAAUCAUUAUUCUAAGCGAAGAAAUUCCUCUUUUGCCAUCAGAUGAAGAACUAUCAAAAAUAUUGUCAGUAGCUGAGAGCGACAUUGUGGAGACUAAUGUUCUUGCCGUGAGAGUAUACGAUUUUAUACAGAUUGUUGGCGGACAAGCAAUUGAGCAAAUGAGCUCGUCGACAUUGGGAUUUUUUAGAAACAAAAGACUGAACGACACUGUAAUUAAGUUUGCUGAACGCGUAUUGAGGGGCGACUACGACUUGCCGAAUCGUGCAGAAUUCGACGACAAAAGUUAG